AUGGAAGAAAAAGAUAAGGACAUGGACAAAAUGAGACAAGAGAUUAAUAAUCUUGGUGAACAAGUUUCAAAAAUACUGGAAUUGCUUUCAAUGGGGAAAGGAAAAGCCGUUGUAGAUACAGCACAAUCAAGCAAUCCAAUUCAAGACACAGAUGAUCCUAUUUAUCCUCCAGGAUUCACUCCAUACCACAUAAAUGUUCCGCAGUCUCAAACCACUCAACACUAUGUUCCUACGAAUCCGCUAUAUGUUGUUCCACCCAUUAUCCCAGGUAUAGAACAUUUGGAAGCUCAGGCUAAAAUUCAAGACAUGGAACAAAACGAGAACACUCCGGCUAAGCAAAAGUUAGAUGUUUUGGAAGAAAGGUUGCGAGCAAUUGAAGAGACUGAUGUGUAUGGAAAUAUAGAUGCAACACAAUUGUGCUUGGUGCCAGGCUUGAUCAUUCCAGCAAAGUUUAAAGUUCCUGAAUUCGAUAAAUAUGAUGGAUCAACGUGUCCAAGGAGUCAUCUUAUAAUGUACUGCAGAAAGAUGGCGACGCAUAUUAAUAAUGAUAAAUUGUUAGUCCAUUGCUUCCAGGAUAGCUUGACUGAUCCAGCUAGUCGAUGGUAUAUUCAAUUAGAUAAUGCACACAUUCACGUUUGGAAGGACUUAGCUGAUGCAUUUCUAAAGCAAUACAAACACAACAUUGAUAUGGCUCCAGACCGUUUAGACUUGCAACGGAUGGAGAAGAAGAGUUCGGAAAGCUUCAAAGAAUAUGCUCAACGAUGGAGAGAUAUGGCUGCCGAGGUUCAACCACCGUUAACAGACAAAGAAAUGACAUCUAUGUUUAUGAAUACCUUGCGGGCUCCAUUCUAUGAGCGAAUGAUUGGUAAUGCAUCAACAAAUUUUUCUGAUAUUAUUGUUAUUGGUGAAAGAAUUGAAUAUGGGAUAAAACACGGGAGGUUAGCAGAGGCUACAACUGAAUAUGGUGGAAUAAAGAAAGGAACAAUAUUCAAGAAGAAAGAAGGAGAGGUUCAUGCAAUUGGUUUUCCUAAUUCAGGGAAGCACAAAUCAAUUUUUUGUCAGAGAAAAUAUGAGCAAAACUUUCCGUCAUAUAUAAGCAAUGUCUCUCAUAUCCCUUAUAAUAGCUAUGUACCAGCCCAUACCGUCUCUGAAACUCCAAAACCCGUUAACUCAAAUUCUCCUCGACCAUUUGUACAGGGUCAAGCUUCUAUUCCAAUGAUUCCUAUACAACCUCCUUACCCAAAAUGGUAUGAUUCAAAUGCUCGAUGUGAUUAUCACGCUGGGGGAGUGGGACACUCAACUGAAAAUUGUUUGGUUUUGAAAAGAAAUGUGCAAUCUCUAAUUAAUGCUGGAUGGUUGAGCUUCAAAAAAUCUGGUGAGAAGUCGAAUGUCUAUGAAAAUCCACUGCCUGAUCAUGAAAAUCCAAAAGUUAACGUUGUGGAUAGCCUUGUUGAAAAGUGCAAAAAUGAAGUCCAUGAGAUAGUGAUGCCUAUGGAAGCACUUUUCGAAGGUCUUUUUGAAGCAGGAUAUGUUAGUCAUGAAUAUCUAGACCCCAACAUAAGAUAUGAAGGGUAUGAUGAAAGCAGACAUUGUAUAUUCCAUCGAGGAGUUGCAGGCCACGUUGUCCAACAAUGCCAAAAAUUUAGAUCCAAAGUACAACAACUUAUGGAUUCAAAGAUACUCACGGUAUAUAGAGGACAAGGAAAAGACGAGAUGAAAUAUAGUAAAAUAUGUGUUUUAAUGAAUGAAGUUUCAGAAAAGAAAGAUUCCUUUUUACCAAGACCUUUGACAGUUUUUUAUCAAGAAAGUCAUAUUGAGUCAACCAGCUUCUGCAAUUCUAAAAAACUCACGAUCCAAGUACCGAGUCCUUUCAAAUUUAAGGAUCUAAAAGCAGUGCCAUGGCGAUAUGAUUGUCAGGUCAUAACAGGUCCUUUAGUUGAUAACAUUACAGGAAUCAGCGGGAUAACCCGAAGUGGAAGAUGCUACAAACCAGAUAACUUAACAGUCCCUUCAAAUGGUCUAAUACUGGAGCAAGGUAGAAAAAAUGAGAAAAGAAAUGCGAAAGAGCAUUGCAAAGACCAAGAUGUGGAGAUUCCUAUCGUUGCAAAAGAUAUAGAAUACAAAAACCUUGUCACAGAUGAGGAAGCAAAUGAAUUCUUGAAAAUAGUAAAACAAAGUGAGUAUAAGAUCAUAGAGCAAAUGCAUCAUACUCCAGCUUGAAUUUCUUUAUUAUCGUUGUUUUUGAAUUCAGAGUCUCAUCGCAAAGUGUUAUUAGAUAUUUUGAACAAGGCACAUGUCGGACAUGACAUUUCAGUGGAAAAGUUUAGUGGAAUUAUUGGAAACAUUACAUCUUCAAAUUCCAUAGUCUUCACAGAUGACGAAAUUCCUCCUGAAGGCUUAGGCCAUACAAAAGCACUGCAUAUUCAAUUGAAGUGCAAAGACUACGUUAUUGCAAGAGUUUUAGUGGAUAAUGGAUCAGCUCUCAAUAUAAUGCCUAAAUCUACACUAUUGAAGCUUCCAGUGGAUAUGUCACACAUAAAGUCAAGUACUAUGGUUGUGAAAGCUUUCGAUGGGUCACGUAGAGAAGUAAUGGGUGACAUUGAACCAGUUAAAAUUGGCCCAUGUAUUUUCAACAUAGUCUUUCAAGUCAUGGAGAUAACACCCACAUACAGUUUUUUAUUAGGACGUCCUUGGAUUCACUCCGCAGGAGUGGUGCCAUCCACAUUGCAUCAAAAAUUGAAAUUUAUUGUUGGGAGUAAGUUGAUUUGCGUGAUGGGAGAGGAAGAUUUCUUAAUAACAAAGCCAGUCUCAACUCCAUAUGUUGAAGCGACGGAAGAAGCAUUAGAGUGUUCUUUUCGCUCUUUUGAAAUUGCUCAUGCAACUAUGAUGGAAGCAACUGUAGAUGAAGUGAUAAAGCCACACAAGUCUAAAGUUGAAGUUAUGACCACUAGGAUAAUGGGAGGUGGAGGAUAUUCUUUGAAUAAAAACUUAGAGACACUUCUAAAAAUACCGAGCAAUGAUGGGAGGUUUGGUUUGGGCUAUAAGCCAUCCAUAUAUGACAAGAUUAGGCUUCAGAAGGAAAAGAAGAAAAAGCGUUUGGCAAAGCUGGAGAUGAGGGAGUUUGAUCCAAGUAUAAAACUUAUACCAGAAUUAUAUGAUACUUUCAAGAGUGCUGGUAUAAGUUAUUCAUCAGACAACUCUGAUUUGAAGGAUGAUUUGUUAACGAAGAUGGAAAGUUUAUCAGUUGCAGCAGUGGCACAAGAAGCAUCAUUUGAAGGCAACACAGUUUAUGCAUGUCCUGCUUUCUUUGAGCUUAACAAUUGGGAUAGUGUAGAUCUACCUACAUUUUCAAGAGAUUUUCAAGAUUCUACCCUUGAUGCCUUAAUAUACACUAUGGAAUCUGACAAGGAAAAUGACGAUGAAGAUGAUGUGGGAAUAUCCUCAGAAUUGUUAAGAAUGGUAGAAGAAGAAGAUGAGGUUCUUGGUCCUCACCAAGAACUAGUUGAAGCAAUCAAUUUGGGUUCUCAAGAGGAGUCAAAAGAGGUAAAAAUUGGCACAUCAUUGACCAGAAUCACGAAAAAACUAAUCAAUUUGUUACGGGAGUAUUCAGAUAUUUUUGCUUGGAGUUAUCAGGAUAUGUCAGGAUUAAGUACGGAUAUUGUAGUACACCGAGUUCCUUUAAAACCAUAAUGCAACCCAGUAAGACAAAAGCUACGUAAAAUGAAACCUGAUGUACUAAUUAAAAUAAAGGAGGAAGUAUAGAAUCAAAUUGAAGCAGGAUUCCUCACAGUCUCGAAAUAUCCUGAAUGGGUGGCAAACAUUGUUCCAGUGCCCAAAAAAGACGGAAAAGUCAGAAUGUGCAUGGAUUAUAGAGAUUUAAAUCGAGCCAGUCCAAAAGAUAACUUCCCUUUACCUCAUAUCGACAUGUUGGUGGAUAACACUGCAGGAUACUCAAAUUUCUCCUUCAUGGAUGGUUUUUCAGGAUAUAAUCAGAUCAAAAUGGCUGAAGAAGAUAGAGAAAAAACGACAUUCAUUACCCUUUGGGGAACAUUCUGUUACGAAGUAAUGCCUUUUGGUUUGAAAAAUGCUGGAGCAACAUAUCAGCGAGCAAUGGUUACACUUUUUCAUGAUAUGAUGCAUAAAGAAAUAGAGGUGUAUGUUGAUGAUAUGAUUGCAAAAUCCAAGACAGAUGAAGAUCAUACAACCACACUCCAAAAAUUAUUUGAUCGGUUGAGAAAAUAUCAAUUGAAAUUAAAUCCAUCCAAAUGUACAUUUGGGGCAACUUUGGGAAAGCUACUGGGAUUCAUCAUCAGUGAAGAAGGGAUCAAAGUAGACCCAGAUAAAGUAAGGGCUAUCAUGGAAAUGCCAUCCCCUAAAACAGAAAAAGAAAUUCGAGGUUUUCUGGGAAGAUUGAACUACAUAUCCAGAUUUAUCUCAUAUUUAACACCAACAUGCGAACCAAUCUUCAAGCUCUUACGUAAAAACAACCCAGGAAAAUGGAAUGAGGAUUGUGAAGAAGCUUUCAACAAAAUUAAGCAAUAUUUGCAGAGCCCACCAGUACUGAUACCUCCAGCUCCAGGGCGACCGUUAAUCUUGUAUUUAACAGUAUUAGAAAGUUCCAUGGAUGGUGUUCUAGGACAACAUGAUUUAUCAGGGAAGAAGGAGCAUGCCAUUUAUUAUUUGAGCAAAAAUUUUACCGAUUAUGAAUCUAGAUACUCAAUGUUAGAGCGAACUUGUUGUGCUUUGGUAUGGACCGCUCAUCAUUUGAGGCAAUAUAUGUUAUACCACACGACAUGUCUUAUUUCAAAAAUGGAUCCAAUAAAAUACAUUUUUGAGAAACCGUCAUUAUCUGGAAGGAUUGCAAAAUGGCAAGUUUUAUUGUCAGAGUAUGAUAUUGUUUAUGUCACUAAAAAAGCAAUAAAGGGAAGCGCAGUUGCUGAUCAUUUAGCUGCUCAACCAGUAGCCGAUGACGAACCUAUGAGAAUUGAUUUCCUGGAUGAAAACAUAUUUCUAGUUGAAAAGAAUGCUAGAGAUCAUGAGACAUGGACUAUGCUUUUCGAUGGUGCCUCAAAUGAGUUGGGACAUGGGAUUGGAGUUGUGCUAAUUUCUCCAGAAGGAAAGGUUUUCCCCCUAACGGCCAAGUUAUGUUUUGAAUGCACUCACAAUAUCGCUGAAUAUGAAGCUUGCAUUAUGGGACUUCAAGUAGCAUGCGAUAUGAGUAUUAAAAAGUUGAAAGUUUUGGGUGACUCGAUGUUAGUGAUACAUCAAGUCAAGGAAGAAUGGGAAACAAGAGAUGCUAAAUUGGUACCUUACAGCCAAUACGUUACAAAAUUGUCUCAAAAGUUUGAGAAGAUUUCAUUUGACCAUGUUCCUAGGGAAGACAAUCGAAUGGCGGAUGCAUUAGCCACUCUGGCAGUGAUGUUUGAUCUUAAUCUUGAAUUUGAACUUCAUCCAAUCCAAAUUACAAAGCGAGAUGUGCCAGCAUAUUGCAUGAAUGUUGGAAAUGAUAACAAGCCAUGGUAUUUUGACAUUAAGCAAUACAUAAAGUGUAGAGAAUAUCCAUAUGAAGCUUCAGAAAAUGACAAACGCACAAUAAGGAGGUUGGCCAUGAACUUUUUCUUAAGUGGUGAAGUUCUUUAUAAAAGAAACCACGAUAUGGUGCUCCUUCGGUGUGUUGAUGAAGAGGAAGCAAAACAAAUUAUGACAGACAUUUAUGAAGGAAUAUGUGGAACACAUGCUAAUGGACAUAUGAUGGCUAGACAAAUACUUAGAUCUGGUUAUUAUUGGACAACGAUGGAAUCAGAUUGCAUAAAAUAUGCAAGGGAAUGUAAAAAGUGUCAAAUUUAUAUGGAUAAGAUCCAUGUAGCAGCAUCUUCAUUGCAUAUCUUGUCAGCACCAUGGCCCUUUUCUUUAUGGGGAAUGGAUGUUAUUGGACCCAUUGAUCCUAAAGCCUCAAAUGGCCAUCGUUUUAUUCUUGUGGCCAUUGAUUACUUCACUAAAUGGAUAGAGGCUGCAUCUUAUUGCAAUGUUACAAGGGGAGUAGUGCUGAAGUUUAUCAAGAAAGAGCUUAUAUGUCGUUAUGGUCUCCCAGAAGGUAUUAUUACGGAUAAUGCCAAGAACCUUAAUAACAAAAUGAUGGACAAACUUUGUGAGCAGUUCAAGAUCAAUCACCGAAAUUCGACUCCAUAUCGCCCAAAGAUGAAUGGGGCAGUUGAGGCAGCUAACAAAAAUAUUAAAAGAAUCGUUGAGAAAAUGACAAUAACAUACAAAGAUUGGCAUGAAAUGCUACCGUUUGCGUUGCAUGGAUAUCGCACGUCAGUUCGUACUUCAACUGAGGCAACACCAUUUUCUUUAGUUUAUGGUAUGGAAGCUGUUUUACCUUUAGAAGUUGAGAUACCUUCAUUGAGAGUUCUCAUGGAAGCUAAGUUAGAUGAAGCUGAAUGGAUACGAGGUCGUUAUGAGCAGUUGAAUUUCGUUGAAGAAAAAAGGUUGGCAGCAUUAAAUCAUGGACAACUUUACCAAAGAAGACUAAUGCGAGCAUACAAUAAGAAAGUGCAUCCUCGAAGCUUUCGAGAGGGAGAUUUGGUAUUAAAAAGAAUACUUCCGUUUCAAAAGGAUCAUCGAGGAAAAUGGACUCCUAAUUAGGAAGGUCCAUUUGUAGUGAAAAAAGCUUUUUCAGGAGGAGCUCUACUUUUGACUAAUAUGGAUGGCGUUGAGUUAAAAAAUCCUGUGAAUUCAGAUUAUGUUCGAAGAUAUUAUGCAUGA